CGCGGACGGAGGCUCGAGGAGCUCAGUGUGUGUGUGUCCAUCAGUCCGCAGUCACACACUCUGAACACUUUAACUUUCCUCCCGUUAAUCCUCCGUUAUGGAUCUGGACCCGACCAUCAUCCUUCCCGCCAUCCUCUUCACCGUCGUUGCCAUUUACUUCGCUUCAUCGCUGCUGAGCAAGAAGCCCAACCCCUCCUCCUCCUCAGCCGGGAACAAGAAGCCCAAAGUCGGCUACGGAGAUGACAUCCCUCCGUCCAGAGCUCUGGGAGUACCGCCCCGACCCGCGCCCGAAGCCUCCCCGCGGACAGAGCCUCCUGCGCCGGCUGUGGAGAACAUCGGAGCCGCUGAGAAGAUCCAGGUAAAGGCUGUUCCAGAACCAGUAUCAGAACCUGCACCAGAACCAGUAAAAGUACCAGAACCAGUAUCAGUACCAGAACCUGCACCAGAACCAGUAGCAGCACCAGAACCUGUCCCAGAGCCAGUCCCUGAACCAGUGAAAGUACCAGAACCAGUUUCAGUACCAGAGACUGUCCCAGCACCAGAACUUGUUCCAGAACCAGUUGCAGCACAAGAAGUAGCUGCAGUACCAGAACCUAUCCCAGAGCCAGAACCUGUACCAGAGCAAGUAUCAGCACCUGAACCUGCCCCAGAACCAGCUGCAGUCCCAGAAUCUGUAGUUGUACCUGAACCUGAACCUGUACCAGAACCAGAACCUGUCCCAGAACCAGUUUCAGAACCAGAACCUGUCCCAGAACCAGUAUCAGUUCCCGAACCUGUCCCAGAAGCUGAUCCAGAGCCUGUGGUCGAGUCUGAACCGGUAUCUGAAGCAGUCCAGCAGCCUGAACCUGAACCCGUUGUGGAGGAGUCCUUACCUGAGCUGGUCCCUGAAUCCACAGAAGAAAGCCUGCCGACCCCUGAACCCGUUGUAGAGGCAUCACCUGAACCUGAACCAGAACCUGAACCAGAGACCGUCCUGAGCAAUGAUGUGGCUGCAGCUGAAGAUAAAGUGAAGUUCACUCCGGGAAAGAAACAGAGCAAGUUUGAGACGCUGAUGACCAAGGAGGAGAUCGAGGAGGAGCAGAGGAUAGAGUUCACAUCUGAUUUUACCUCUCUAUAAUCAACCUCAGCAGACACACAGUGUGUUAGGAAGAACCUGCUUCUGUCCAGCUGUGCUGCUCACCUGCUAACCCUGCAUGCUACCUGCUAACACCUCAGCUAACGGUGAGUGCCGUCACUCUGAAGCUCUGCACUGACUCACACACUGACAGGCCUUUUUCACAGCAGCAUUUUUACAUGAAAUAGUAGGGUAAACGCAGGAGUUACUGAUAUUAAUGAACAGGUUGCUGCUGCUGUGCAUGUUGGCUCACUUUAAAGGCUCAUUUGUUAUUAAGAUUACUUUCUUCAGUUCUGCCCUUAUCCUGUUUAUAUCUUUAAUAAUAAUCUAAACUUUAAUUAUAACUUUCAUUCAUUUUCUAUACAGAAAUGAAUAAAAUGCUAAGAUACAGCCCUACUGUAUAUUUUGUUUUUAGGUUUUCUUACGGUGUGUUCCCACCAAACGCCUCGAGUAAAUAUACACAGUUUAAUGUCUCUGCGGCGGUUUGAGCCCAAAACAAACGGAUGUUUCUGUGAUUUGAAGUCAAUAAACGGAUAAAAAUGAUGAUGAAAUAAUGACUUUAAAAAAGUCUCAAGUCAUACUUUGUUGACACAAAAAGCAAACAACUCUUAAAAUGCUUGUUUUCUGAAUGGAGUUUGGUUGAUGCUAACUAGAGCUGCAAAAUAUAGUAAAAAACUCUGUUUACGAUACGAGUUACGAUUAGACUGAUGUUUUCUUACAUCUGCAGAACCUCAGUGCUUCAUUAUAAUGCUGCAGUUUACCUUCAUCUAAACAUUGCAGCUUCUUUCAGUUUCUAUAAAAUCGCAAUUAAUUGUGCAAAUUAACAUCUAUUUGCGUCUUAGCAUUGUUUUUGUGUGUAAUUUACUUUGGUGGGAACAAACUGUUUCACUCCUUAAAUCAACAAGGUGUCAGGAACCAGCAGCGGUGGAAAGAGUCACCGAUACGAGUCAGAAAUCGGUUUUAAUGUUAUUUAUUUAUCAGUACACGGACUCAAGGUCAACGCCAGGGUCUGUGCUAACUGAAGUCUGGAAGACACUCGGAUGCUUUAAGAAGUUAAGUUGGAUAAAGUCUGUCGGACAGAUGUUCCUCUGACCAAGAUAUUAAACACUUUCCCGCCACAACUGAGCUCCGUUAAAACCGGUUUCUGACUCGUGUCUGUGAGUCUUUACAGCCCGAUCCUUGUAUCCAUCGUAGGAAAUGAUUCACACUCUCAGGUUGUUGAACAGAUGCUUCAGAGAGACGUUUCCAAGCUGACGUUUGUCUUUGUGUUUUUUCCUCAGAGCGCCUGAAUGAGACGUCGAACACGCCUCGGCUUCCGUAGUCGCCUCCGUUUUCUUUCUGAGGACGACGCUGAAGAA